AAGAAAUAUACGCAUGCGCAUUGUCCUGUUUAAAAGCAUGACUUUAUUAGCCGACGAACUUCCACAAAAGGCUGCCCACUGCAGAGGGCUGGACAGAAGAACCCUGAGUGGUAGUAUGGAGAGAGAGAGAGCUCCAGGCCUAACGACAUCCCGCAGUAUCAAGCGACUGAUUCAGAGAAUAACACGUACAACAAAAUAUGAGAAGCAGAAAAAAUACAAGAACAUAACUUUUUCAUUAAUCUGCAGGCACUGACUGCAUUCAAAAUUCAUCAGGUUAUGAAUCUGCAUUGAAGCAUUCAAGUUGGAAAAGAAAGAAACAAGCCGUAUAUAAAUGAUAUGCCAUGGAUGUCAGUUCAACUUUUAACUGACUGAGAUAGUCUCAGUGGAGGGACUGUGACAUGGACAAGGUAGUGGCAGUACUUGGCCAAGACCCUUGACUUUGGUAACUCAGUGCUCUGUGGACCACUUAUAUAAUGUGGUGGAAAUGGUUGAAAAAUGGCAAGGUCCAAUUUCUCUCUCUGUCUUUGCACCAGGACAAGAUGCAAUUUAUGCCAUCGAGGUUAUCCUCUUGCUGAGAUAUUGUGUGACACUUGUGGCACAGUAUGUAACUUUUCAUUUAGUCAGGCCAAUAUCAGCACAGGAAACCAACUUGCCAUUGAGUGUUAACCUGACUAUAAAUAUGCCGAACAAACAUGUAUGUGAUAAUAUAGAAUUAUCUCUAAAAAAAAUCCUUAGAUUCGAUAGAACUAAUUAUGACACUAAAGACAUCCCUUACCCAAAUAAUUUGCUCAGAAAUGUGGCGCUGAGGAAUUCUGUCACAGGCUAUGUACUGGUAAUAGACAUAGAUUUACGAACCAGUGAUAAUUUAUUCGAGGACUUCCGAGACUUCAUAGCUACUAAUAGGAUAAUUGUUGAAGAUCCAAAAACCUUGGAAACCAUGCUCUAUGUGGUGCCUGCAUUUGAAGUGGAAAGCAAUCAAACCAUUCCAAGCAUCAAAUCACAGCUGGUCAACCUAUGGGACAAAGGGAUCGUGAGGCCCUUUUAUGAGGAGGUGUGUCCUCGGUGCCAUAAGUACACCCAGUACCAUGCCUGGAAAAUAUUACAGAAAUCUUCCAAGUUAGAGAUGAGCUUCCAAGUUGAGUGGCGUGACCCCUGGGAGCCUUUUGUAAUUGCACCUAAAACCAUUCCAUAUUAUGAUGAGAGGUUCAAGCAGUAUGGUUUUAACAGAAUAAGUCAGGCAUGCGAGCUGCAUAUAGCUGGUUACUCAUUCAAUGUCCUGAACAAUGCCUUUGUUGUUCACAAAGGAUUCAAAACAACAGAUGUAUUCCACAAAACUAAACAAGAAGAUAUGAAAAAGAAUAAACUGUUAUUCCGUCAGUUCAAAGAAGAUAUGAAAACAAAAUACCGUGACUCACCAAGGAAGUGUCACUGAUAGUUUCUUUAACACAUUUUUGUUUUAAAAAAAUGAGCGAAUAAUUAAUAGUAGUGAACAAAUAAGUUUUAUUUUAAAAAGACUGAUUGUAGGAUAGUGGAGUAAUGAAACAUUUUACUUGUAUAUACAGACUAUCACUUCAAAUGCUGUCAAAUAUUCUCACUUGGUGUCUUUUUUAAGACCAACAUUUUACACUUAUUAUUAGCCUGGUGAAUGGUUGCAAAAUUCCUUGCAUUUCUACAAUUGAAAUGAUUUUAGGAUUGGUGGUAAUUUUAUUUCUAAAAAGAGAUGUAACAUGUCUUGCAGUUGUUUUGUCAAGUUAGUACAGAAAUCCGUGGGUCCUUUUAGCUGUGUUCCCAAUUUUAUGUGCAAUAAUUUUAUUGAGUAAUCAUUUUGUUGACUACAAAGUGGUGUAGUGGGUCUCUUUAGUCAGUUCAUUGUAGUUUUUAAGUACUACCUGAACUUGCAGCUAUCUAUCUUAAUAUGUCUUUCAUAACCAACAUUUUAUUUUUGAAAUCCAACUUAAUUCUAUUUAGAAAUGAAUUUAUAAAGGUUUUAAUAAAUUCAUAUUUUCUGUUGGUUUCUCAAAUAG